AUGGCGUCGUCAAUGCAUCUGUCGAGGAUACGGAAAUGGCUGGCUUCAUCUCCCCCCGUCGAAGGGGCUAUAUACUACCUCCGCGAGCUGUUGAUCGGCGCGUUAAGACAGGGUCCUAUUCCACAGCAUGUCGCCUUCGUGAUGGACGGGAACAGACGGUUCGCCCGGAAUCAGGGCAUAGAGCGGGUGGAGGGACACAACCUGGGCUUCGAGGCGUUGGCGAAGAUACUGGAAGUGUGCUAUAGCUCCGGCAUCAAGGUGGUGACGAUAUACGCAUUCAGCAUCGAGAACUUCAAGCGGUCCAAGUACGAGGUUGAUGCGCUGAUGGAGAUGGCCAAGUUGAAGCUGCAGCAGCUGUCAGAGCAUGGAGAGCUGCUGGAGAGAUACGGUGCGAGCGUGCGGGUGCUGGGACGACGAGAUCAGAUCCGGCCGGAUGUGCUGGAGGCCGUCGACCGGACGGUAGAGACGACGAGCGGGAACGGAGACGCCAUCCUCAACAUCUGCUUUCCCUACACGUCCAGAGACGAGAUCACUUCCGCCGUCCGGAACACGGUCGUCGACUACAGCACGCCGCUGGACCGGAGCCAGCUUCCGUCCGCCGCCAGUCCGCCACGUCGACCGUUCUCUGAGAAGCGGAUAGUAGAGAAUAUACGUGAACAUACGCCCAGCGCUGACCCGAGGGAGGCCCUGUCCAACGGCACGGAGGCGAACGGCAGCUGUAGCAGUCCUGCCUCUGCUUCUACGGCAAAUGAGACGGCAUAUGAUUCCACCUCGUCUCUAUCCUCGGCUACGACCCUGCAUCUGGUAAACGGUGAGACGGCCGGCACAGGCGUGAAACAGCACACCACCAGGGCUUCUCCAGAGCUAUACACUUCCUAUCCUCCCAACAGUGACCAGCUGCUCUUUCACUCGCCCGAGACGAUCACCACGCAGACUCUCAGCGACCAUAUGCUCACCGCAGGUUGUCCGCCGCUCGACAUCCUGAUCCGCACAUCCGGCGUCGAGCGUCUCAGCGACUUCAUGCUCUGGCAGUGCCACCAGGAGACGCAGAUCGUCUUCCUCGACACCCUGUGGCCGGCCUUCUCUCUCUGGGACUUCUUGCCUGUGGUCUGGGACUGGCAGCGGAGGCAGCGGAAGACCGGGCUGAAGAGAGAGCUCGAGUUCGACUUUCCCAGCACCUACAAUUCUGAUGCCGAGAAGUCGGCCGCAGACAGUCCGUGGCUCUCGGAGGACGAAUCCAUAAAACCCAAGUCUCUAUAA